AUGAGGAUACUUUCUCUUUUUUCCUUAUUUGAAUUAAUAAUUUUUGCUUUUUGCCAAUUUAAUCUUCCAAAUGAUUCAACAACAAUUUCAGUAUUACCUGAAUUAACAACAACAAUCUCACCAUCUACAUUACCUGAAGUAACAACUAAUUUUGUAUUAACUGAUUUAUUUAAUCCAACAAACACAACAACAACAACAACCACGUUAUUUAAUGAUGAUACAAAUAAAACAUUGACAACAACAACAACUUCAAAAUCAAUCACUCCAUUCACUUCCCCAACAACAUCAACACCCUCAAAUGGAUUAAAUUUGCAAUUGAAAGUUGGGUUGCUAUUUGCUAAUGGUUCAAAAGAUUUACGAGCACAAUUUGGUUUUGGACAAUCAGCACCAGCUAUUACUUUGGCAAUGCAAAGGGCUGCUAGUGAACAAUUAAUUAACAAUAUUAAUUUUAAUUUUACUUGGUUUAUGUGUGAUUGUGAUGAAGCUUUGGCCGCUGGCUACACAAAUAGACUUUUUCUUAAUUUAAGUGUUGAUGUUAUUAUUGGCCCCCCAUGUGUUACCGCUGCCCUAAUGACUGGUUAUAUCUCUUCUUUUUAUAAUUUUCCUAUUUUUGUUUGGGGUGCAUCAGUUACUUCAAAAUUCAAUCCAAUUCCAACGGUUACCAAUAUUAACACAAAUACUGUUAUGUUAUCUAUGGGUGUUCAGGCAGUUUUGUCACAAUUUCAAUGGCAAGAAAUUUCUUUAGUUUACAUUCCCGACAAUAUUGGAAGGCAAAUAAAUAAUUAUUUAAAUUAA